GGUCAUCCCCUGUACCCUGUCCGCAGUCUCUGGUCAUCCCCUGUACCCUGUCCGCAGUCUCUGUCCAUCCCCUGUACCCUGUCCGCAGUCUCUGGUCAUCCCCUGUACCCUGUCCGCAGUCUCUGGUCAUCCCCUGUACCCUGUCCGCAGUCUCUGGUCAUCCCCUGUACCCUGUCCGCAGUCUCUGGUCAUCCCCUGUACCCUGUCCGCAGUCUCUGGUCAUCCCCUGUCUCCCUGUCCGCAGUCUCU